UUUUUAAUUUUCAUUAUAAAUUCAGAACAUAUUUUUUCUACGUCUACAUUUUUUGGAACAAAUUCAUUAAGAUUUAAUUUUUGACAGUGCAUAGUUGUUUCGCAAAUUUUUUCGAUCACGUGAAAAUGUUUUUCUUCCUCCAAUUUUCUGAAGAAUUCAUUGAAUUUGCAUAAUAUUUCAAUAAUUUCUUCAUAUUUUUCGUGGGAAACUGGACAUAUCGAUAAACUUUUAUUCAAACUGAGGAUCGUGAAUAAUGACAUUCCUCUCUUCUCGUAUGCUCUACAAAUUUCGUCCAAAAUCGCACAAUUUUCCGAUAGUGUUUUUUUAAUUUUUUUAGCUAUUUUCGAUUUGUCUUUGAGCAUAUUAAUUCUUUCAUAACUCGAUUUGAGUAUGAUUUGUAUUCUUAGGAACUCAUAUUUCUCUUCAACCAACUUUUUGUACAGCUUAUCCUCAUUGUUUCUCACUCGUAUGAGAAUAAUUCUUUUCUUCAUCAGUGCUUGUAAAUAAUCAUUAUGUACUUCAUCCAAUUUAGCAGUUAUAUUGUUCAUGUUUCUGGUUAUAUUUUUGAGCUUGACAGCAAAAUUUUCUAUACUUAUCAUAGAGUAAUAAACAUAGUUUGUUUAUUACUCUGAGAUACUUUUAUCAUUGAGCGUUAUUUUUUAUAAAAAUAUCGAACAUCGUCUAAAACACCCUUCAGCCGUUCAGCCUGUCAAAAUACCGUAGUUCUUUUAUUCAAAUUUUAUAAACCAACAAGUGUCAAGUGAUUAAACCUUAAACCUGAAGUGUAUUUAUUCUGACGUCUCAGAAGCAUUCAAAUUGGUGAAAAUGGGAAAAUGCUAAGUUGCUAAACUUUCUGAAUAAAGCCGACUAUCUAAUGUACGAAUUUUUGCUGGUUACAUUAUAUUGAUGUGAUAUUUCAAUGAAAAUUGAUUUUAUGAAAGGCAACGAAGAAAAAAGUACUUACUGGCCUCCUUAGAUAUCAUUUUCAGACAUGGAUUUUCAAUAUUUGAAUAAUAAGCAAGAAGACUUUCAUAAUAAAUGUUGUGGUGGUAGAAUAUGGUGUAUUAAAGAUAUAUGUGGUAUAAUUUGUGCAAUAUUAACAUGGCUUUUAAUAUUUUAUGCCGAAUUUGUGGUAAUGUCUGUUAUUCUUAUACCAACUCUCCACUCCUUAUAUAGCGUUGCUAACAUAAUUUUAUUUCAAACUCUUGCUUUUUUGGCAUUCGCAUCACACUUGAAGACUAUGUUUACUGAUCCGGGUGCUGUACCGAAAGGUAAUGCUACAAAAGAAAUGAUACGUCAAAUGGGCUUCCGUGAAGGCCAAGUGAUAUUUAAGUGCCCUAAAUGUUGCAGCAUAAAACCUGAUAGAGCACAUCACUGUUCGGUUUGUCAGAGGUGUGUCAGAAAAAUGGACCAUCAUUGCCCUUGGGUUAAUAAUUGUGUUGGUGAAAAUAAUCAAAAAUAUUUCGUAUUAUUUACAUUUUAUAUAGCAAGCAUAUCUAUCCACGCAUUGACUUUGGCAGUUAAUCAGAUGUUAACAUGCGUUCGACAUGAAUGGAAAGACUGUACUGCAUACAAUCCACCAACUACUGUUGUUUUAUUGUUAUUUUUAAUAUUUGAAGCAUUGUUAUUUGCAAUUUUCACCCUUGUCAUGCUGGCUACACAGGUACAAGCAAUAUGGAAUGACAAGACUGGAAUAGAGCAGUUGAAGAAAGAACAAGCUACAUGGGCAAAAAAAUCGAGAUGGAAAAGUAUACAAGCUGUUUUUGGAAGAUUUUCCUUAUUGUGGUUUUCCCCAUUCGCUAAGCCUACACCCAGUUAUAAAACAGAUCAUUACUUCUACUCAGUAUAAGUAUUACAUUUUGUAAAACUGAACAUGAGCAUAUUCUGUUUUUGUGAUAUUUUUAAUGGUAACCCAAUAUAAAAUUCUACAUAUC